AUGGUUGGAGAUGCUCUAAGGCCAUCUCUGACGCUAACUCCAGGUGAACCCUCAAAAGUGCAGCUUCUCAAUGGUCUUCCUCAUGCUGAAACAAGGCUAAAAUUGUUCGAGGCCGAUAUAUAUGAUCCUGAUAAGUUCGCAUUUGCAAUUCAAGGCUGUCAAGUUGUUUUCCAUUUGGCAACUCCGUUUCAACACAACACACACAACUCUCAGUACAAAAAUAUUUCUGAGGCCGCAGCAGCAGGGGUGAAGAGCAUUGUGCAGUCCUGCAUAAGAUCAGAAACGGUGAAGAGACUCAUCUACACUGGCUCUGUGGUAGCCGCGUCAACACUAAACAACGAUGGCUCUGGCUUUAAGGAUUCAUUGGACGAAACUUGUUGGACUCCUCUUAAUCUCUCAUUCUCUUAUAGCAAUGAAUUUCUCCGUGAUUAUGUAUCUUCCAAGACAUUGGCGGAAAAAGAAGUGUUGAGUUUCAAUGGUAAGGGUAUAGAGGUAGUAAGUCUUGUUUGUGGUCUUGUGGGAGGGGAUACUGUUCAAUCGUAUAUAGCUGAAAGCAUGGGUGUCCUCAUAGCACAACUCACAAAUGACAGUACAAGGUAUCGAAUUCUGAGGUUUUUGGAGGAAUUGCUGGGAAAAUUACCAGUAUUGCAUAUCCAAGAUGCGGCUGAAGCCCAUAUCUUCUGCAUGGAGAAUCCACAUAUCAAUGGAAGAUUCCUAUGCACCAGCGAUUUCCUAAAAACUGCUGAUAUUGCGUCUCAUGUCCAGAAAUGUUACCCAGAAAUCAGAAUCUCUCAAGAGUUCAUUGAAGAUACAAAGAGAGAUACUAGUUGGGGCUCAAAGAAGCUGGAAGAAAUGGGAUUCCAGUACAGAUAUGAUCUUGAGAAAACAGUAGAGGGCAGUCUUCACUGUGCCAGGAGGGCGGGAAUCAUACCCCAGAAAUUUAUUUAAGAUUAAACUUUGUUGCUCAAAAUCUAUUAAAAAGUUCAGUUGUCGAACAUUUACUUGGGAAAAAUAAUGAUUUCAGAACCAAAGCAUGCAAUGUUUUUGGUUUCGAAAAGCUUGUAAGUUGUUAAAAUAAGCAAAAACAGAAUGAUUCCAGAUUAUCUAUUUAUGCAAGUAAAACUCACUUGGCUUACUGUUUGAUAA